GCAGUUCCCGAUAAAGUUGAAGCAUAAGAUGCAAAGCCCAUAAAACUCUUCAACUGCCAAACCUUCCAAUCUCCAACGGCACUGAAACGCUCACUAAGCUGUACCAUGUCAAGUAGCAGCCUCUACUCACCUUCUUUCCUCUCUUCUCCCCUACCUAAAAUUUCUUUGUCUUUCCUCUCUCCUUCAUUGUUCUCUCCAUCCCCACUCUUCCCAUCAAAUCCUUUCUUUUCCCUCCAAAUCCCUCGCUCUUCUCCCUCCCUUUUCAAGUUGACCUCCCACAAUUCCUUCGCUAACACCCACAUUGAUGAAUUCCAAGACGACGAAGCCGAUACAGAGUUUGAUGAGUCUGACACCGACGACUACCCGAUUGAUAUCGAGGAGCUCCAAGAGGAAGCCGAAGACGCUGUUAGGGAGUACUCUACCUCUUUGUCUCGCCAAUUGAGAAUCGAGGAUGAAACUGGUGAUAGAAAGGAAACCAGAAAGCAGAAGAGGCAAAAAACGACUACUUCAGAAAUCCCCGACAAUCUCCUUCCUAGGGUUGCAAUUGUUGGGAGGCCAAAUGUUGGCAAAUCAGCAUUGUUCAACUGUCUUGUUGGGGGCAACAGGGCAAUUGUGGUGGACGAACCUGGUGUUACUCGGGAUCGUUUGUAUGGUCGAUCCUUUUGGGGAGAAUAUGAGUUUAUGGUGGUGGAUACUGGAGGUGUUCUUACCAUAUCAAACUCACAAGCUAAUGUUAUGGAAGAAUUGGCUAUAACAACUACUAUUGGCAUGGAUGGAAUUCCACUUGCCUCCAGGGAGGCCGCUGUUGCCAGGAUGCCCUCGAUGAUUGAGAGACAAGCUACUGCAGCUGUGGAAGAAUCAUCUGUUAUUAUAUUCCUUGUUGAUGGCCAGGCAGGUCUAACAGCAGCUGAUGUGGAGAUAGCAGACUGGUUAAGAAAAAACUACUCCAAUAAGUUUGUCAUUCUUGCAGUGAACAAGUGUGAAUCUCCCCGUAAAGGAAUCAUGCAAGCAUCAGAAUUCUGGUCACUGGGGUUCUCACCACUUCCUAUUUCUGCUUUAUCUGGGACGGGAACUGGAGAGCUUUUAGAUCUUGUAUGUUCCCAACUGGCAAAAAUUGAGGGUUUGCAAAAUUUUGAUGAAGAACAAAAUUAUGUUCCUGCAAUUGCAAUUGUUGGCAAACCAAAUGUUGGAAAAAGUAGCAUUUUGAAUGCUUUGGUUGGAGAAGAUAGAACAAUUGUCAGCCCAAUCAGUGGUACUACUCGUGAUGCAAUUGAUACUGAAUUUUCAGGACCAGAUGGCCAGAAGUUUCGGCUUAUUGAUACAGCUGGAAUCAGAAGAAGGGCAGCUGUAGCUUCAUCAGGUAGUCUGACAGAGGCUCUAUCAGUGAAUCGAGCAUUUCGUGCCAUCCGCCGUUCUGAUGUUAUUGCUCUUGUCAUAGAGGCCCUGGCAUGUAUCACAGAACAGGAUUGUAGAAUUGCUGAAAGGAUUGAAAAAGAAGGGAAGGGCUGCCUGAUUGUUGUAAACAAAUGGGAUACAAUACCCAAUAAAAACCAGCAAACUGCAAUACACUAUGAAGAAGAUGUCAGGGAGAAGCUUCGUAUUCUUCAUUGGGCUCCUAUUGUUUAUUCAACUGCAAUUGCUGGUCAUAAUGUUGAAAAGAUCAUUGUUGCUGCUAGUGCCGUUGACAAGGAAAGAUCAAGAAGAUUAAGUACGUCCAUACUGAAUGAAGUGGUACAAGAAGCAUUAGCUUUUAAAUCUCCUCCAAGAACCCGAGGUGGAAAGAGAGGACGUGUUUACUACUGCACUCAGGCAGCUAUCAGGCCACCUACAUUUGUUUUUUUCGUGAAUGAUGCAAGACUCUUUCCUGAGACUUACCGGCGCUAUAUGGAGAAACAACUGAGAUCAAAUGCAGGAUUUUCUGGUACGCCCAUUCGUCUACUCUGGCGCAGCAGAAGAAAAAUGGAAAAAAGUGAAGUCAAGGGUGCAACAAGAACACAACUUAAUCUUACUCCAGGUGGCUGAAAAUGGGUAUUAAAUUACAGGAAAGAUACAGAGUCGUUCAACAGUUAACUACAGUUAGAAUUUCUUGCCCGUCAGAACUUUCCUUUGGGAAUAGUUUGUACAGACUGAUAACAUUGCUCCGCAUGAACCCUGAGUUGUAUAAUUCUCGAGGAGAAUCACAAGAUACUUGUGUAUCCUUACCUUUUUAUCUUGUUAUGAGCUGUUAAGCCAUGGCCAAUGAAGGAAGGAGAUUGGCAAGUCAUGUAUUUCAAAUAAAUUUGUGUUAACUGAUAACUAUGACGAUUAUGUGUCAGAAUCUGAAGCUAAUACGUGUGGAUUUUGUAGAUUGACUUCGUUAUGAUAUCAACCUAUUCUAAAAUUUUGGGAA